CGACAUAUAAAUGUAAUAUUUAUUAAUCCUGCCCAAAUUGCAGGAAACAAGAUUUUUCCAAGGAUCCAAUCUUUCUAUUUCGGCGCUUCUCUUUUUUGUUAUAGUUCAGAAGCAGGAACUUCCAAGGAAACCCAUAAAGGAAAAAGACACCGAAUACUCCACUCUGUCCGUUCUCCCAAGCAGAGAAUCCACCCGAACAGCGCUCUAGAACAGCGGUCUUCAAUCCUGGCAACUUUAAGACUUCAACUCCCAGAAUUCCUCAGCCAUGCCGAAGUCCAUAAGUCUUAAAGUUGUCAAGGUGGAGACUCUUACUCUACGAUAGAUAGAAGGCCGCUUAAUACAUAACAAUUCAAACGGGCGAAUCCUUCCAUUUCCCUUAACCCGGAAGCGUUGUGAUACGCCUUUAUAUUAUGUUUCCGGUUUAGGGUCGGUUGCCACGGCGGCCGCACUUCGGCGCUCUUUGUUGUCAUGGAGACAGCGGCUCGGGCGAAUUGAAGCGCCUAUCCUGCUGGCGCGGAGGACCAGGCGGCGCAGAGACAAGGAGCGAUAAAAACGGACAGGAUGUUUGUCUACUUGAGCAAGAAGAUUACAAUCCCUGGUAAUGUUAGACUUAGAUCUAUUUGUUGGAGCAAAGAUCAAGGCUAUAUAGCCUGUGGAGGUGAAGAUGGUCUACUGAAAGUUUUAAAGUUAGAAAUAAAAACAGAAGAAGCCAAAUUAAAGGGGCUUGCUGCACCUAGCAAUCUCUCAAUGAAUCAGACACUUGAAGGUCACACUGGUGCUGUGCAAGUAGUGACUUGGAAUGAACAGUAUCAAAAGCUAACUAGUAGCGAUGAGCAUGGACUUAUUAUAGUGUGGAUGCUGUAUAAAGCUGCUUGGUAUGAGGAGAUGAUCAACAAUAGAAAUAAAUCUGUGGUUAGAAGCAUGCGAUGGAAUGCUGAUGGGCAGAAAAUUUGCAUUAUAUAUGAAGAUGGCGCUGUAAUUGUUGGUUCUGUAGACGGGAAUCGUAUUUGGGGAAAGGAUUUAAAAGUACAACUUCACCAUGUUGCAUGGUCUCCAGAUGGUAGAACUCUGCUCUUUGGAAUGGCCAAUGGAGAAAUACACAUUUAUGACAAAAAUGGAACUUUUAUGAUGAAAAUGAAAAUGAACUGUUUGGUGAAUGUAACUGGAGCAUUCAGCAUUGCAGGAAUCCAUUGGUACCCAGGAACAGAGGGAUACGUAGAGCCAGACUGUCCUUGCCUUGCAAUUUGUUUUGACAAUGGAAGAUGCCAAAUAACGAGACAUGAGAAUGAUCAAAACCCUGUCUUAAUUGAUGCGGCUCUGAAUGUUGUGAGCAUCCAGUGGAACCACUGUGGCAACGUGCUGGCUAUUGCAGGCUUCCAGAAGAUACCUGUGCAAGAUAAAGAUAUAAAUGUUGUACAGUUCUAUUCUCCAUUUGGUGAGCAUUUGCGUACAUUAAAGAUUCCAGGGAAACAAGUAUCAGCUUUAUCUUGGGAAGGAGGCGGUUUAAAAAUAGCAUUAGCUGUUGAUCAGUGUAUUUAUUUUGCAAAUAUUCGACCAGACUACAAGUGGGGUUAUUGCACUAAUACUGUAGUGUAUGCAUAUACCCGACCGGACCGUCCAGAAUAUUGUGUUGUCUUUUGGGAUAUAAAAAACAAUGAAAAAUAUUUGAAAUUUGUCAAGAGUUUAAUCUCCAUAACAACCUGUGGAGACUUCUGCAUUUUGGCAACUAAAGCUGAUGAAAAUCAACUGCAGGAGGAGGAUGAAACAGAAUCCGCUGGAGGAAUGUAUGUACUUGUUCUUUGUAAUUCCAUUGGCACACCCUUGGAUCCAAAAUAUAUAGAUAUUGCCCCACUGUUUGUUACAAUGACUAAAACCCAGGUCAUAGCAGCUUCAAAAGAAGCAUUUUAUAUCUGGCAAUAUCGUGUAGACAAGAAGCUCACAGCAAUGGAAAUUAAUCAGGUAGCACGGACCAGAAAAGAAGGCAAAGAAAGGAUUUACCAUGUGGAUGAUAGUCCUUCUGGAGCAGGUGAUGGAGCUCUUGACUAUGCGAAGGUCCUACAAGGCACAAGGGAUCCUAUUUGUGCAAUAACUGCAUCGGAUAAGACACUGAUUAUUGGAAGAGAAUCGGGCACUAUUCAGAGUUACAGGCUGCCCAAUGUUGGUUUAAUUCGAAAAUAUCUCCUAAACUACCGGCCCUAUCAAAUGUCCUUGAAUUGCAAGUCAAGUCGUCUUGCUAUCAUAGACAUGUUAGGAAUGCUGGUUUUCUUUGACUUGGAUACACGAGUAACAGAUGGUUCAGGAUGCCAAGGAGUUGGUGAACAACUCAAACUGGAACGCAGAGAUGUUUGGGAUAUGAAAUGGGCCAAAGAUAAUCCAGAUUUGUUUGCCAUGAUGGAGAAAACAAGAAUGUAUGUGUUUAGAAACCUGGAUCCUGAGGAGCCCAUUCAAACGUCUGGAUAUAUUUGCAACUUUGAAGAUUUAGAAAUCAAAUCUGUCUUAUUGGAUGAAAUAUUAAAGAAUCCUGAACACCCUAAUAAGGACUGCAUAAUACAUUUUGAUAUUAGAUCGCUACGAGAUGCUCAGGCAAUUGUUAAAGAGGCAGGGAUUGCAGAAUCUUCCCAGUUCAUUGAAGAAAAUUCACAUCCAAGACUUUGGCGUCUACUGGCUGAAACAGCUCUCCAAAAACUUGAUCUUCACACUGCUGAGCAAGCUUUUGUACGUUAUAAAAAUUAUCAGGGUAUUAAGUUUGUAAAACGCCUUCACAAUCUCCAGAGCGAAGCACUUAGGCAAGCUGAAGUGGCGGUUUAUUUUGGAAAAUUUGAAGAAGCUGAAAGAAUGUACUUGGACAUGGAUAGAAGAGAUCUUGCGGUUGACCUACGAAUGAAACUAGGCAAUGGGUUUCGAGUAGUGCAGCUGUUGCAAACAGGCUCAGGCCACGGAGAUGACAGCCUCCUUGAACAAGCGCACAAUGAAAUUGGAGAGUACUUUGCAGACAGACAGAAAUGGGCGAAUGCAGUUCCCUAUUUUGUACAAGGCAGAAACCAUGAACGUUUGGCUGAAUGUUAUUAUAUGCUGGAAGACUAUCAAGCACUAGAAAAUUUGGCUAACUCGCUUCCAGAAAAUAACAAGUUACUUCCAGACAUAAGCCAUAAGUUUGUUACUGUGGGGAUGUGUGAACAAGCUGUAGCUGCCUUUCUGAAAUGUAACAGACCAAAGGAUGCAGUAGAUGUCUGUGUUAAUCUCAACCAGUGGAGUAAAGCAGUUGAACUAGCCAAGGAACACAAUAUGAAAGAGAUUGGUUCUCUUCUAGCUAGAUAUGCGUCUCAGUUAUUGGAAAAGAAUAAACCUCUUGAUGCUGUUGAACUAUAUCGUAAAGCCAAUUAUUUCUUUGAUGCUGCGAAACUUAUGUUCAAGAUUGCAGAUGAAGAAGCUAAAAAGAAGACCAAACCUUUACGGGUUAAAAAGCUAUAUGUCAUGUCGGCUUUACUUGUUGAACAAUACCAUGAACAAAUAAAAAAUUCGCAGAGAGGAAAGGUCAAAGGAAAGACUUCAGAGGCUACUUCAGCCCUAGCUGGCUUGCUAGAGGAAGAUGUUCUUUCCACAGACAGUCGCCUGAUCGAUAACGCUUGGCGGGGAGCUGAGGCUUACCAUUUUUUCAUACUUGCCCAAAGGCAGCUGUAUGAAGGUUAUGUGGAUACGGCAAUGAAAACAGCUCUUCACUUGAGGGAUUACGAAGACGUUAUUCCUGCAGUAGAAAUCUAUUCCCUGUUGGCUCUUUGUGCAUGUGCUAACAGAGCAUUCGGUACCUGUUCAAAAGCUUUUGUUAAACUGGAAUCUUUAGAAAAUCUUAGUCCAGACCAGAAGCAGCAAUAUGAAGAACUUGCCCUGCAAAUAUUCACAAAACACUAUCCUAAAGAUAGCAAAAAGUCAGAAUUGGAUGGCCUUCUCGAAGAGGGAGAAGGAAAGCUUCCCACAUGUGUUGCUACAGGAAGGCCCAUCACAGAAUAUCAGUUUUGGAUGUGCAAUAUAUGCAAGCACUGUGUCCAAGCUCAAGAAAUCAGCAACUAUAACUUCUGCCCACUCUGCCACAGUUCAGUGGCCUAUUAAAUUUUGAGGUGAAAGCAACCCUCUGUGUCCUUUAAUUGGGGGUACUUGAUAUAAACAAAUAUUUGCUUUCUUGAUUUAUUCUUUGCAGAGCUUUGCAAUAUUUCUUUGCGCGAGCAUUAUAUUCUGUAAGUGAAGUAGAGCAUUUUCGGAAAAGAUUGUGGGAAAAACAGGGCUGAAGUUUUGUGGGAACGAACUACCGUUAAUAGUCUUGGCAACAGUCAUGGUCACUUUUGCACUGACGUUCACAGUAAUAUGUGUACAAAAUAAAUACAGGCAUGCCACUUUUUCAGCUCUUCGCUGAAAAGAUAUCACAGUUUAGUCUACAAUUUUGAAAUAUGGGUACGUGACCCAAAUAACAUGCGUGGGUUGGUUAGUGCUACACUUGAAGCACUAUCAAAAUAUUACAGUCUCUUUGAUCAGCUGUUUGGGCAUUGAUGGCAGAAAUCCAAGCCUUCUGAAAUAGCUUAGAUUUUACAUGCAGGGUUCUCGGUCAAAUUCAAGGCAUAACCUCUUCUGGGAAAAGUCUGGGAGAGAACUAUAACAAGAGGAAAUGCUUGAUUCAGAAUAUUCAAAGCCUGUUAGCCUUUUUGCUCCCUUUUUCCUACUCUGACCCUUCCUUCAGCACUUUGCUUUUUCAUAACAUUAUCUCCAAAAGCAGCAAAGAAUUGUGCAACAUUAACUACUGAAGUAAAACAGCAUAGCUAACAGUAAUUUUGUAUAAAAGCUGAGACUAAAUUCUUGAUCAGUUGAAUGUUUAAUAGAAACACAUUUCCUACAUGGAAAAGAUGAUCCAUUUGUACAUAACCACUUGCUCCAGAAUUUUGUUUAUGUUUGUUGCUUUAUAUGAAAAAAGAAUUGUUUAUUUUUAAAGCAAUAUUUAUAUAACCUACCUUUCUUUUUUGUAAUAAUACAGUAUUAUAUUUUUCCAUGAAGAAACAACUGUAACUGUAGAAAACUAAAUGAUAAAAUGCAUCAAUCAAAAUAAAAAGUGGUAUGGACAAAUGCAUGCUUUAUUACAUAAAAUAUCAUUCCAUAUCGCCCUGGAAAUAAUUUAUUUAAUAAUUAAAAUAAUUUCCAGAUAUAUUCUGAAUUUCCUAUUCUGUUUGUAUGUAUUGUUUGAGUUCAUUUUUCAAUAAAUUAAACA